AUGCUAACAUUGAUUAAAGCAUUUUGCUUACCAUUUUCAGAAGGAUCAAAAGGAAAAGGCUUAUAUGAUGUUGAAGAAAGUGAUGACGAGCAUGAAGAUUCCGAGGACGAUGAAUAUUCCGAAGAUGAAGACGAAAGCAAUAAAAAUAUUGAGGACACUUUGUUUGAAUACGCCAAGAAUUUGGAACAUGAAGACGAUGAGAAUGUGAAAAAAUUAUUCACUAAACAGGAAUGGGAUGAAUUGACACAAGAAAACCUGGAAGCCUUCGAAAUUCCAGAUGAUAUAUUGGAACACUUAAAAUUUUAUAAUCAAGAUACAAUGGAGGGUGUUAGAAGCAAACUCAUGAAACCAUACCUCAAAAACGAUGAAAAUUAUGACACUAAUUCCAAUUAUGAUUACGAAUGGAUACACUUAUCUAUUAGAAGUGUAAUCAAUUUAUGGGAGAAUAAGGACUCACCAUUAUCUCGUACACAAUACGAAAAUUGGUACUCGGUCAACCUAUUUGGAAGUCGUUUGGAUUUUUGUUUCAGAACAGUUAAAGAUCUUGAUAUUAAAAAUGCAAAAGUUGUAGCAGAAAAAACCAAAUUUUCAAUGUUUGUUCCAGAAAUUGAAAAUGCUCUAAAAAAUCAUAAUAUCAAAUCUAUUGUACUUUUUGGAAUUGAGGCACAUGUUUGUAUUUUACAAACAGCUUUAGAUCUAAUUGAGAAUAAUUAUGAUAUUCAUGUUCUAGCUGAUGGUGUAUCAUCAAUGAAUUAUCCAGAGAUUGAGAUUGCUUUAAAUCAUAUACAACAGGCUGGUGGAUCAGUUACAUCUUCAGAAUCAAUAUUAUUUCAAUUACUUAAUGAUUCAUCUGAUCAAAAGUUCAAACAAAUUUCUUCAUUAGUAAAAGAAUACAGGAAAGAAACUUCUGAAAAUAAAUUAAUGUUUAAAUCGAAUUUAUAA